AUGUCUAUCAACUUCAUCGGUUUCAGUAGCGUUUGCGAUGCGCCGCUGGCUGAACAGGCAGCGGCUGAGGCUACAAAUAAUAAACAACAGUUAAUGGUUGUGUUUACAGAUUGUGCCAAAGCUUUCGAUAAGGUUGACGAUGGCCUGUUGGUAACUAAACUGGGUAGAUUUGGUUUUUCUCCAACUGCAUCGUACAUUCGUACUAACUUCUUUGUAGGACCUAACAAUUGCUGUACCAAAUAUGUUAUGUAA